GGGCUGGGACCCAGAUGCCCCCCGUCUUUGGCGGGCAGGAUCUCAAGAGGGCCCCGCCCCUGCCCUGUCUGCCGCCAAGCCCUCUGCGGCCACCUCUUCUGCCAGUUCUGAGAAGGCACGCGAAAGGGGCCCGCCCCUGGGGAGGGGCACCUGGGGAUGGGCCCAUAAAGAGGGGAGGUCUGAAUCGGCAGCCACCGGGACCACUUGCUUCCCCCCGUCCCUCCUGGGAUGGGGCCUUGUGGUGCCCUGUGGACAGUCCUCGUCCUGCUGAAAGGCCUGAAGGGCCAGACCUCAAGCACCCCGCCAGGCCUUCCCUCCGUGUUACGGAACUUCCAGGAAGAACAGUUCCAGGGAGAAUGGUUUGUGGUCGGCCUAGCGGGCGGCACCCACAGGAAGAUGGACAGAUUCCUGCUGAACCCAUUCACUGCAGUAUUCGAGCAAAAUAAGAACAGCCGCCUUGAAGUGUCGUAUGCCAUGACCCGGGGCCGCCACUGUGUCUCCUGGUCCUACGUGCUGAUUCCGGCGGCAAAGCCCGGGGGGUUCUCGGUGGACAGCAGGGAGGAGCCCGAGGAGGUCCAGGUGUACGACACUGACUACAGCGUGUUCGCUCUGAUGCUGUUCAGAAGACAGUCCGGCGGCCAGAGCGUCCUCAGGGUCACCCUGCUAUGCAGGGUGUGGGUGAUCCAGACGGCGGUGCUGGACAAGUUUGUCUGCCUGCUGCAGGCGCUGGGCCUGUCGGACGACAACGUCGUCUUCCCGGACCUGACAGAGUGGUCACCCCAGCCGGGAACCUGCUGAAGGUGGACGUGGCUCCCCCACGGCAAGGCCCCUCCCCUGCUCGCAGCGAGGAAUAAAGGCUCUGUGUCGGGGUCCAGC